GAGAACGCGGGCGGCCUGCUCGACAGGGCCCGAGGCCUGCGGGCGGGCAUCUCUUCCUCCUGUUUCGGCCCUGAACUGCGCGGCGCAUCCGUGCCGCCGUCAUGGAUCUGAUUUUAAACCGAGCGGAUUAUUUACAGGUGGGAGUGACCUCUCAGAAGACUAUGAAGCUACUUCCUGCCUCAAGACAUAGAACCACACAAAAGGUGGUUAUUGGAGAUCAUGAGGGGGUAGUUACAUGCUUUGGAAUGAAGAAAGGAGAAGCAGUGGCAGUGUUCAAGACUUUACCAGGGCAGAAGAUUGCAAGGCUUGAACUAGGAGGGCUUCUUAACACACCUCAGGAGAAAAUUUUUAUUGCUGCAGGAUCUGAGAUUAGAGGCUUCACGAAGAGAGGAAAACAGUUUCUCUCUUUUGAAACAAACCUCACUGAAAGCAUUAAAGCUAUGCACAUAUCUGGCUCAGACCUCUUUCUCAGUGCAAGUUACAUCUAUAACCAUUACUGUGACUGCAAAGACCAACAUUAUUACCUUUCUGGGGACAAAAUCAAUGAUGUCAUCUGCCUUCCAGUGGAAAGAUUACCUUGUAUUACACCAGUAUUGGCUUGCCAGGACAGAGUCCUCAGAGUUCUACAGGGAUCAGACGUGAUGUAUGAAAUUGAAGUUCCUGGCCCACCUACCGUCUUAGCACUGCACAAUGGAAAUGGCGGUGACUCUGGAGAAGACCUUUUGUUUGGAACAUCAGAUGGAAAACUUGGGCUUGUUCAGAUCACUACAUCCAAACCAAUACACAAGUGGGAAAUUCGAAAUGAGAAAAAGAGGGGAGGUAUUUUGUGUAUUGACAGCUUUGACAUUGUGGGUGAUGGAGUUAAAGAUUUACUUGUUGGAAGAGAUGAUGGAAUGGUGGAAGUGUAUAGUUUUCAUAGUGCAAAUGAGCCUGUUCUGCGAUUUGAUCAGAUGUUUUCUGAAAGUGUCACAUCUAUCCAGGGUGGUUGUGUAGGGAAAGAUGGCUAUGAUGAAAUCGUGGUGUCUGCAUAUUCAGGAUGGGUUACAGGUCUGACAACAGAGCCCAUUCAGAAGGAAAGUGGACCAGGAGAAGAACUAAAAAUUAAUCAGGAAAUGCAGAAUAAAAUUUCUUCUUUACGGAGUGAGUUGGAACAUUUGCAGUAUAAGGUAUUGCAGGAAAGAGAGAACUAUCAACAGUAUUCUCAAUCAAGCAAAGCAAAAUCGGCAGUACCUUCAUUUAGUAUAAAUGACAAAUUUACAUUAAAUAAAGAUGAUGCCAGCUAUAGCCUUAUCUUAGAGGUACAGACUGCAAUAGAUAAUGUAUUGAUACAGAGUGAUGUUCCAAUAGAUUUACUGGAUGGGGAUAAGAAUUCUGCUGUUGUUAGCUUUAGCAGCUGUGAUUCUGAGUCAAAUGACAACUUUCUUCUUGCCACUUACCGGUGCCAGGCGAAUACCACAAGGCUGGAACUCAAGAUUCGCUCAAUUGAAGGCCAGUAUGGCACACUUCAAGCAUAUGUGACUCCAAGAAUUCAACCUAAAACCUGUCAGGUUCGCCAGUACCACAUCAAACCCCUUUCACUCCAUCAAAGAACACAUGUUAUUGAUCAUGACAGACCCAUGAAUACACUGACUCUAACAGGCCAGUUCAGUUUUGCUGAAGUUCACUCCUGGGUGGUUUUUUGCCUGCCUGAAGUUCCUGAAAAACCUCCAGCAGGAGAAAGUGUUACAUUUUACUUCCAGAACACCUUCCUGGAUACACAACUUGAAAGUAUCUACAGAAAAGGAGAAGGAGUUUUUAAAUCUGACAACAUUUCUACUAUAUCUAUCCUAAAAGAUGUGCUUUCCAAGGAAGCUACAAAAAGGAAAAUUAACCUCAACAUAGCAUACGAGAUAAAUGAAAUAUCAGUCAAACACACUUUAAAGCUAAUCCAUCCAAAGCUGGAAUAUCAGUUGCUUUUGGCUAAGAAAGUGCAGUUAAUUGAUGCUUUAAAAGAAUUGCAGGUUCAUGAGGGAAAUACAGACUUUCUGAUACCAGAAUAUCGCUGUAUUCUAGAAGAGGCAGAUCACCUACAGGAAGAAUACAAAAAGCAAUCUGCGCACCUGGACAGACUCUAUGGCAUGAUCACCGAUCUUUUCAUAGAUAAAUUUAAGUUCAAAGGCACCAAUGUAAAAACCAAAGUACCUCUUCUACUGGAGAUUCUGGACAGUUAUGACCAAAAUGCAUUGAUUGCUUUCUUUGAUGCGGCUUGAGAUAUAAACAAGGUAAAGUCCCAAAGAA